GCCCGGAGGCCCAUCCGGAAGAGAAGCCCGCGCCCUUCAAGAUUGGCGCGCUCAAUUUGCCGAUGGUGACGUACGAGGGCGAUUACAACGCGGGCAUCGAGCGCUUGGCCACGUUGCUGGUGGACCACUAUGGUGCCGAGCUGUUCCCCGUCGUCUCUGUGGGUGAGACUGGGGAUGCUUUGGGCUAUGGUGAUGACCUGUUGGAGGCGCUCGCCGCCAAGGACUGCCCGGGCUAUUACUUUUCCCAUGCCUCCGGGGAGACCUGCAAGAGCCCCGAGGCCUAUGGGAAGUUGGAGCUCUUGAAUGCCAUUGGCGCGGCCAAGAAAGCGCAGAAACGGGUGGUGAUCAUUGCCGUGGGUGGUGGCGUGAACGGCAACGCCACGGGCAUGAUUGCGGCCAUGGCUGGGUCGGUCUUCAUCGAGGUGCCCACCACCCUGAUGCACUACAACGACGCCACGACCUCGGCGAAGAAGGCCUUCAGUUUGGUGGUCAACGGACAGAUCUUGUCGAAAAACAUUUUGGGCACCUUCUAUUUGCCUCAGCUGGUCUUCUGCAUCAGCGAGACCUUCCUGACUUUGUCCAAGUGCAGCGUCCAUGCUGCCGUGGGCGAGGCCUGCAAAACGAUGGGUAUGUUGGGCAUCGCCAACAGCUCCACUGGGCAAAAAGACUGGCAUAACAUCUUGGGCGGUGUCGAGUUCGCCAGCGACUUCACCAAGAUCAUUGAGACCGUCGGAGGCUUCGAGGAGCUGAUCCGGUUUCUGCAAGCGACCCGCGAAUUGAAAGCCAAAGCCUUGGCGCUGGGGGAGGAGUUGGGCGGCAUGCGCAUGGAACGCGCCUCCUACGGGCAGAUGGCGAACGUGGCCAAGCACCGCGAGCGCCGCUUGCGGGAGCUGCGCCAGGUGUUCCACGGUCAGUUGUCCAAGGAGGCCAGGGACGCCGUGAUCCAGUUCCUCACAGUCAUCAACACUGAGAUCAUCGCGGCCAAAGCGAUGUUCUUGGCCUAUUCCGACCCCUUUGAGAAGUACCGAGCCCUGCUCUUCGAGUACGCGCACACCUUGGGUCAUGGAGUGGAGGCCUUCAUGAACGGCCUGUACCGCCGUGCCACGCUCUGUGGACUGGACUACUCUGAGGCCUUCCGCCUCCAUGGUCAAUGUGUGGGCAUGGCGGUGUUGUGGGCGGGUGAGAUGUCUAAGCAACAGGGUUUGCUGAACGGCAAUGGUUUCCUCGCUCACCAGGGCUUGCUCUACACCUUCAAUCGCUUCGGUGGAUACGACUUCGCCCCGCUGCGCAAGUUGUGCGACCAGCUACACGUGUCGAAGGAUGAGUUCUGCGAAGGAGUGCUGCAGGUGGUGCGGCGAGACAACAAGCGCGGCUACUGCAAGUGUCGCGAGGACAGCAGUGUGGAUCAGCUGGUCCAACAGCGGCCGGGCUGCCUCCUACGGUCGGAGGACCCGGAUGCAGAGCUUCGAUAUCUGGUGGAGGUGACUGAAGACUCUCAGCGGGCGGUGCUGGAGCGGGCCUUUGAUUGCGAAUUUGACAAGGUGGCGGUGCUCAAAGGAGAUCAACUGCAUUUGGUUUCCCGCUCCGAGAGCAGCUUCCAGGGCGACCAGUUGCCCACGGCGAAGGCCUUGCGUGGCCUGAUUGCCAGCCUCUACGACUAGAGUCGUGCGUGUAUACGUGAUAUAGUUGUCGCUUGCCUCGUAUACAAGGACCACGUGGCUAGACUUGGCUUCAAAUCUUAGGCGUCCAAAGGUUGUCCAGGUCGAAAUGGUCAGAAUCCGGCACAGCUGUGCUUCUUGAAACUCUUGAAUUGAGGUCAAUGUAGGGCAUGCUGAGGCAUGCUUCAGGUUUGCCAGGGUUGGGGCACAGCCCGAAAUUUGUCAGAACCCCCGUGAAAAGAUUCACUCGGAUGGUUUUUCCUCUACACACCCUCAUCCAUCUAUAGCACCACCAUCCGCCGUUCUGGCAGGACCACGACCUUAGACGGCACCUUAGACGGCUCGCUUUUCCAAGUGCGGGUGAAGCGGAACCUGCGGAUCUUCCAAAGUUGGUGUGGCAGGUCCGUUGUCCCAUCGCUGCGAGAACCAGUACGAGCAUCGUUGAUGGGGCGAAACGGC